AUGAGGACAUCAGCUACUCGCGUAAGCAUAUAUAUUAUUUUUGGUUUACUUUUGUUCCGACCAUCCACUGAGGGCGAUAGCGUCAAUGAGUAUUUUCCUGAUGAAAGAGAUGCUUUGAUGCAACUUAGAGAUAUUGUUAACUCAACUUUUGAUCUUCAUUCAAAUUGGACAGGUCCCCCAUGUCAUAAGAACCAUAGCAGAUGGGCUGGAAUUACUUGCUUUGAUUGGCAUGUUACACAUUUGGUACUUGAAGGGAUUAAAUUGACUGGUUCUCUCCCACCUUCGUUUCUGCAAAACAUAACUUUCUUGAGUAAACUUAGCUUUAGAAACAAUUCAUUAUAUGGUUCUCUACCCAAUCUCACAAAUCUCGAGCACCUGGAAUUUGUUUUCCUCCCCCAAAAUCACUUCUCGGGCUCAAUACCCUUUGAUUAUGUUGAUCUGAUGAAGUUAACACAAUUAGAGCUCCAAGAAAAUGAGCUUACAGGUCCAAUUCCUCCGUUCGGCCAGCAAUCCUUAGUUGCUUUUAACGUUUCUCACAAUCAGCUUCAAGGCCAGAUACCUCAAACGACCGUCCUUGCAAGAUUCUCAGUGAGUUCUUAUGAUAAUAAUUCUAACUUGUGUGGGUGGCCUCUGGGAAGACCUUGUCCAAUAUUGCCUCCUGUUCCGAGCAAUGCACCCGUACCUUCACCUCCUCCUAUUUCACCGAGAGACAAUGACAAUGGUGCCCUCCGUCCAUGGACUCUAGGUCUAAUCGCAGCAGCAGCAGCCCUUGUUCCUCUAUCUGUCAUCCUCAUUUUUCUCUGUUAUUACAGAAGAAUCAUCGGAAAAGAAACAAAAGAAGAGCAUCCUGGAGAGGCUUCUAUAGACCUUAUAAGAAGGCGAUGGCACUGGUCGGAGAGCACAGAUGAUCCAGAAAGAAGAGUGGAAUUGGAAUUUUUCGACAAGGAUAGGCGCACUAUGUUUGAUCUAGAUGAUUUGCUUCGUGCAUCGGCUGAAGUAAUUGGAAAAGGAAAACUAGGCACUACUUACAAAUCUAUGCUAGAAUGUGGUUCUGAUUUUGCUGUCAAGAGACUUGACGAAAUGAAGGAUUUGGGUAAAAAGGAAUUCAUCCAGCAGAUGCAUUUGCUUGGAAAGAUGAAACAUGAGAACCUUGUCAAGAUCAUUACAUUUUACUACUCCAAAGACGAGAAGCUAAUCAUUUAUGAAUAUAUUCCUAGUAGCAACUUGUUUGCCCUACUACACGAGAAUAGAGGAUAUCAAAGAGAGACGAUACUGGAUUGGAAUGCAAGGCUAUCCAUCAUCAAAGAAAUUGCAGCAGGAGUGAAUUUCCUUCACCAGUGUUUGCCUUCUCACAAGAUGGUGCCACAUGGAAACCUCAAGUCCUCCAACAUUCUUAUUCAACGAGAAAACCACAUUUACCGUGUUAAGAUCACAGAUUACGGAUUCUCCCCCCUUGUGCUAUCCUUGGAGCAAUUGGCUGUAGGAAAAACCCCGGAAUUCUCUCAAGGGAAGAAAGUAACAAGAAAAGCAGAUGUAUACUGUUUUGGAAUCGUUCUUUUAGAGAUCAUUACGGGCAAGGAGCCGGCUCAAGUUGAUGCUAGUGCUGAUGAUCUUUCAGAUUGGGUUCGAUCAGCUGUAAACAAUGAUUGGUCGACAGAUAUAUUGGAUGUCGAAAUAGUUGCAGAAAGGGAAGGGUAUGAUGGCAUGUUAAAACUCACAGAAAUAGCUCUUGAGUGUACUGAUAUGGAACCUGGAAACAGACCAGCAAUGAGUCAAGUAGUGGCAAGAAUACAAGCCAUUGAGUUUCAUACAACAGAUUGA